AUGACUUCGGGACAAGCCUUACUCGUAAAGCUUGCCAAACUUGUCAAAGAACUUCUUCAGAAACUUCCGUAUUGGUGGAAGCUACCGAUUGUCCUGAUGAUGUUUUAUCAGUUCAGACAACGAGACUAUCUGCUAAACAACAACUUAUUUGAUGCUUACUCUUCUCAGCUUACCGGACCGAAAUACGAUUGUCAAGACCCACUGAUAGGUAAAUAUUACAAUAUUAAGCAUAACUUUACUCAAGAAGUCGGUUGGGGAGCAAGGGAUGGCGCAGAGGUGAGAGAGCUCGCCUCUCACCAACGUGGCCCGGGUUCAAAUCCAGGCGUCGAAGCCAUAUGUGGGUUGCGUUUGUUGUUGGUUCUCUCCUUUGCUCCGAGAGGUUUUUCUCCGGGUACUCUAGUUUUCCCCUCUCCUCAAAAACCAACAUUUCCAAAUUCCAAUUCGAUCAGGAAUCAGGUAGACGAAGAACCACUUUGUGAUUGUGCUACCUCGAAAUCAUUAUUUAUUAUUUAUUUAUUUAUUUAUUUAUUUGAAUGAGAAAAUUUUAUUACAUAUAAUUACUUACCCGCUGGCAAUCUGCGUACGGGACGGAAGGAAGAAAACCGUGGAAACGUGGUUGUCUAUAAGGGAGAGGAAAGCGGAAGGAGGGAGUUCUAAAGAUGGAUCCCGAAAAGGGACCAAAUGAAGGACGCCGGUGAAUAAUAAUAAUAACAACAAUUCAUUAUUUAUAUAGCCGGCUGUAUACGUGGGUCUAAAGCAAGAAAUAUUCGAACUUAAAAAAAAAAGAAAUAUAAAAUCUGAUAAAAGUCAAAGAUCCUAGAUCCGGUAAAACUGGGACUUGAGCUGGGAAUAAUGGGGUGGGGGGGGUCCAAACUCCCAACCCCUUUGCCCUCCACCCCAUCCUCCAAAGAAGAAAUUGCAUUUUCGGAUAAAAAUAAUGUAGAAAAAAAGUGAGGAGAUAAUGAAAAUAUCUGGCUAAAUAACAAGUCUUGAACAUCCUAUGGCGUCUUAGCUUCUAACCCUGCUUUAGUAUGAUUUUAUAUGACGUUCUAUAAUUGGAAAAAAAGACAAGAUACAGUUGGUGUUGGUAAAAAGUAAUACUUUCUGUGAAUUUUCAAUGAUUUUUUGGUUCGAGAUAAGUCUAUGACGACGAGAGAGUGAUUAGCAAAUAAUUCAAUUCGGGAACCCAAGUGAUUUUAGGUGUUUUUUAGGCCGUACUACUCAGUUGGCUGCUUCACCAAUCACUCCCCCAUCAAACUCUAUUAAACUGUUGAAAGAGAUGAUACUAAUUAAUGCUUGACAUGCCGUCAUAGGUCACAUGUCUCUGGGGUGCUUUAAAGUAAAGUAUCUAACUCCGUCAUACGAGAAGGAGGAUACAACAAUAGAAGAAUGUGUACAGCACUGCAAGGACAAAGAAUACGCGUAUGCAGGGUUUGAUCACAGUCGUCAAUGUUACUGUGUUGCCAAUCUGCAUACCUGUGAAUUAUCUCAACGCAAGUGCAGAAAAAGGGCUAACGAAAAGGGUCUACCACGGAACAUGAUUGAAGUCUUCAGAACAAGUAAGAACUGAAUUGUUUUUUUUUUCUUCGAGAGAGUUUGAUUUUAAGACGUGCCACACGUGAACCCUGGUGUCAUUUCAUAAGUAGGUUGAGCUUGAUCGUUCAGGUGAACAUAGUCCUGAAUGUGCGGUACUCAUCUUCAGAGUCAAAGUGAGUUGAUUCUGCUGCUUAGGUUGAAAUCAUAAUUUACAGUUCUCAUGUAUGAUUUACUUAUCACCAGUAUCAAUUGCAUCUAUUGACUAAUAGGUAUUUUAUGUGCAUACUUCUUGAUUUGCCUGUGUUCCGAUUGACUGGGAUGUGUAUAAACUUGAACAUUGAGUGACCCGAACAAAUUUAAAAGCAUUAAUUAAUAGGUAAAACAUUAAAGGGAAAAUUAGAUAAUAAGUAAAUAUACUUUUUCCUAGUGCACUGCACCGAAAAUAUGCGAAAAUUUCGUACUCAUGACGGAACUUGCAAUGACCUGAAUCAACCAGCCUCCGGAAGCAGGUUUUACCGGUUUGGAAGGAACGUGAAUCGUACCAAGACGUUUGAGGACACUGAUCUCUUGGAACCAUGCCCCCGACAGUUAAGCAGGAAGUAAGGUUUAAUCUUAAAAAAAAGAUUUGCUCAGUGUCUUUAAAUGGAUUGUAAUUCGCAGUUGUAUAUAAAUACGGGAAUAAGAAUAGGUGUUAAGAGAGAAAUGCGCAGUCUUUGUCAUAAUGAGUGCGCGUUAUUGCUACUAAUUUCUAAUUUUAUUAGCUUCACUGGGCACAGACCUACCAAAAUGGGAUGGGCACGAACGGGACUCAUAGGUCCAUACAAGGUACCUCCAUCUCUAUAUCCUUUUUCAACAAGCAAGAGAGAAUAAUCCUCUCUUGCUACAAGUCACGAAAAAUAUGCAGAUACUGCGCCGUAAGCGGAGAUAUCGACUGUACGGGAUAACUUCCUUACAACGGGUGCGAUGCGAAGAUACAUAAUUCAGGUAAGAAUGGGUGUCAUGCAGUUGGUUUGUAAAGCAUGCUUUGAAAAGGUCGAGAAAAGGUUGUUAAUAAAAUUGCGCCAAAAUUACUGUUGUUAUGUGUGACCAGAAGCCCUAUCCAGUAUGAUUUUCGUGCUGGAGCAAAAGCUGUCAGGUAUAUUAUUAACAUAGCAUAAAAGAUACUGCCGAGUGUUCGUCACACAAAUCUUAUACUUUUUUACCUUACAGAUUGAUGGCCAGAGAUGAAUUUAUUCCCGCCAAACAGUUAAACCUGUUAGCAGCCGGUUGGAUCCAGUUUAACCUGCAUGACUGGUUUGACCAUGGGCCAGUAGAUGUUUCCAGACGUAUAAGGAUAGAGCUAAAUGAAGAUGACCCUGUUUAUAACGAACAUAAAGGCGAGAUGAAAAUUCCAAGAACAAAGCCAGACAGCUGUCAAAUGUACUCGGUAAAUAAGCAAUCAGUUUAUCAUUUACGCCUAUGUGUAUUCUUAAAUGAUGGAUGAUCGAGAGGCAUCGCGGCCAAGCAGCCGAGCGCUGGACAUGUAAAUCGGAGGACCCGAGUUCAAGUCCUGCCUUAACUAGUUGGAUUUCUUCUCGGUACAGUACCGAGUUCAUUCUUAACCUCUUCCCCACUAGCAUUAAAUUAAUGUUAUAAUUGCUGCCUAGAAUAAAUAAAGGACUUAAAUAUAUAUUCAUAUAUACAAAUAAGCCGGUGACCUCCGACGAAGGCAAUUAAUUGAUUUCUAACAGGAAUGACUAUAUACUAUUUUCUAUUUGGUCGUUUCUAGGAUACAGACUCCCCAGCUACGUUUCAGAAUGAUGUUACACACUGGUGGGACGGUUCUCAAUUGUAUGGUACCGAUAUCCGUACAAAUAAGAAACUGCGUAGCUUUAGGAAAGGAAAAAUGAAGGUGGGAAAAGAUGGUUGGCUUCCAGUAAACCGCAAAACUGGAAUAGACAUCACUGGUGAGUUUGAAAUACGGUCACCUGAAAGUCUUCUGUUAAUUUCAGACAACAACAACCCAACUCAUGGAAUACUCACUCUAUGUAGCUCCUUUCAAAGGAUUCCUUUUUCAAGUUGGAUCUGUCUCAUUAGGAAGAACACUUGUCGAAAAGGUUUGCUGGAUAUAACCUUGGUUGGGAGAAUGCCCUGUAUUGCACAAUCUUUAAAUUAAUUUUAAAAAACAUGCCACUUUGUUAGCCGCUCAAAAGGAGAGAAGUUGAUAUUUACGAGAUAAAUAACUAUCAAAGAGAUACAUCAAAGAGUUUUGUUUUCUCCAGGUAGAGACUUAUGAGUAGUAUAAUGAUAUUAAUUAUCACAUCACUUCUGGGGGGUUUUCCGUCAGUCAGAAGGUUACUUAUUUAAUAGUUGUUUUAGACAAGGCAUUCGGUUCCCCAAUCACUCUAUGUCUUCAUCCUGGUUGGAACAUAAAGGCGCACUUCAAACCUCGCCACUCAACCCUGUCCUAAGCUUUGGCUUGCACUUCACUCCACGUUAGACCCAUCUCCUCCCCUUCUUUCAUCACCGUUUUCCGCCAAGUGGUUUUUAGCCGGCCUUUUUUCCUCCCGGUUCCCAGGUGAGUUAGAGUCCAUCCAGCAGGGCAACUUUGGGUGUCCUGUCACUGGGCAUUUCAUUCCCUAAUUUCAUAGUAAUAAGUUAAUAAUAGAAUGACUGUUCCUUGUGAAGAAAUGAAUCUUUGACUUCUUCUAAAGGUUUUAGCAACAACUGGUGGAUCGGUCUGAGUCUCAUGCACAACAUAUUCACAAGAGAACACAACGCUAUUUGUGAUAUGCUGCUGAAGUUCCACCCUGAUUGGUCAGACCAGCAAUUGUAUGACAUUGCCAGGUAACUGACUGUUAAAUGAAAAGAACGACGUGUGAAUUAACCAUAUUAGGCAUGAAUAAGUUUGGUAGUCUUUUGGCAUUAGGCUUGAUGAGCUGCCAAAAUUCAACUUAACAAAAAGUACUAAAGAUUUGGCAGGGCCUGAGUAAAUACUGAAAGUUCAUUGAUUAAAUUUUUUGAAAAAAAGUUUAAAAAACUGAAGUGACAUGUAAACCACUCCAUUGCUUUAGUAACGGCGAAUUCACUCUUGUAUACAGACCUUUAUUUCCAAUACUGCCAGGGAAGGCUACAACAUCUAAUUCGUGCCACUACACUAACAGUGUUAAAAACAAUACAGUCGGCAAUGCGUCGAAAUCGAUCAAUUUAGGUCGUUACGUCGAGUAAAUGCCGAAGUUGCAAAGUCUGGUCAAAAAAAAUAAUAAGGAAGAACGAAAGACUAGCCCACAAGACCUCUAAAGGCGGGAAAAAAAGAUUAAGUAAUUUGAUUACGCUCUUUCGUUUUUUGCUAUACAGGUUAAUCAACACAGCUACGAUUCAGAAAAUUCACACAGUGGAAUGGACACCAGCCAUUCUAAACAACAGUGCUCUGCGCGCAGGGGUAUAUGUGAACUUUGGCGUGAGCCCGGGGAAAGAGGUUUUUGAUUGGCUUGCGGCACACAAUAUAAGUAUUGGGGCGAGCGGUGCGGUGUUGAAGCCACUUGUUGGCUCUCCAAGCAAGUUUUACGGGGUCCCUUUCUCUCUGACUGAAGAAUUUGUAUCGGUGUACCGCAUGCAUCCGUUGUUACCAGACGAUCUGUACAUGCGCUCGGUUGAAACUGGACAAAGAACUGGAAAGUCAUAUUCUCUCUCUGAGUACUCUUUCAAAGGAGCUAGAGAUAUCGUGAAGAAACACAGUGUGGAUGACGUUGUAUACACAUUCGGGGUUGAGCAUCCAGGUGCGCUUACUCUUCAUAACUACCCAAAGGCCUUGAUGAACCUCAAGUUGCCAAGGCAUCAACAGAACGGAGAGGUGAGAAAACCAGUAUGGUAGGGAGAGGGGGCUACUUCCAUGAUCACUCAUCUAGCUUAAUUGGCUGGAUACUUUUCUAUGGAGUUGUGGGUCCAGGUUCGAUUCCCAGCCGGUGGUAAGGAGAAGAAAGCACUUAACCCUUGGCCCAAACAUUUGAAAAUAGUUGGAUUUCGUAGCGAUUACCCUCUGGCAAUGCCUUUAUCUAAUCUCACUCUGUGGGGCGUGACGGAGAUAUUUAAAGCUAUCGCUGUGAACUCUCCUGGCGUCACAUUUCUCAUCUCACUUUCACAAUGGGGCAUUCCUAAUCUAACCUUCUAUUGACUGCGACACAAGCAAUCUGGCAAAGAACCCCAACACAGUAUCGUAAAUUAUCCAGGAAAAUUCCAUCAGGCCGAAGACAGUGAUUAAUAAAAUAAAUUGAAGAACCGCAGAACUUUGGUGUGGCCAGUAGCACUUUCAUCCUACACAGAGGCUCUCCUUAGUGAAAGGCAGAGAAAUUCAGUAGCUUGUAGUGCUUUAACCUGGGACAAAACCUGUCGAGACACAUUACAAAAACAUAUUUUUGCACUCGCCCUGACAAAAGUGCUUACCGUCGCAAACUGAUGCACCGUUUCCCCCCUCCACUAUUCCAAUAAAACACCAGAAAUGCACACGUGAGCUGUUAGAUCAGGAAAACUUUGAACAGGGGACCGGGAGGGGGCGACCUUGUCCAGUUUAGAGGGAUUGCAGCAUGGCAGAGAUUGCAGCAUGGCGCGAAAUUGAAAUAAUACAUGGAAUUGUCUCAAUAGUUUUGUCCGGGGUUGUAGGUAUCCGUGGAGGAAAAGAUCAACGUAAUGAAGAAAAAACAAUUUCUUAGGAAAAAGAUAUCUCUUUCGUUUCAGACCAUUGACCUAGCAACCAUCGACAUUUUACGCGAUAGAGAACGUGGCAUUCCACGAUAUAAUGAGGUCAGACGAUUGACAAACCUUCCUCCUGUAGAGUCCUUUGAAAAGCUUACGCCAAACAUGAAACAUUCCAGCCUGCUUAAGGAGCUGUAUGACGACGACAUUGAGAAAUUAGACCUCCUGAUUGGUUGCCUAGCAGAGGAGCCCCGGCCUGACGGUUAUGGAUUUGGUGAAACAGCGUUUAAUAUAUUCGUUCUUAUGGCCAGCAGAAGACUACAAACUGACAGGUGAGUUGAUUGACUCGUUGAUUGGUUAACUGAUUGAUUAAUUGAUUGAUUGAUUGAUUGAUUGAUUGAUAGGUUGGUUGAUUGAUUGGUUGAUUGAUUUACUGAUUGACUGAUUGGUUGGUUGGUUGAUUGAUUUUCGAUUGAUUGAUUGACUGAUUGAUUGACGGAAGGACUGACUGACUGACCGGCCGACUAACUGACUGAUUGAUUGAUUGACUACCUGACUGACUGAAGUAUUGAUUGAUUGAUUGAUUGAUUGAUUGAUUGAUUGAUUAGGUUUCUACACGACUCGAUUUCAAAGAAUUUCAAACACCUUGCGAAAUAUAAAAAUCAAAUUUUCAUUCCUGGAAGAUCGCAGAUUGAACUAAGAAAUGAAAAUCUACAAGCUUAAACAAUCGUAAAAAUCAUAGCCAGUAGUGCAAGAAAAGAGUUUGUAUAGGUUGUAGACCAAAGUACAAUGAUUGGGGCUGAGCAAUGUUUUAAAAGAGGCCCCGAGUUUGUUCUCUGUAGUCGUGGGUUCAAAUCCUCGCUGGACAAAGCUUCUAAAUUGCCUACCAGUUUUAGCGCCGGCUAUAUUUGAUCAUUUAAAGGAAGCCUCCCUCCUCCAUUGAAAGGAAAAAAGUCCCUAAAAGGAGCUAUUAGUACCCAUUUAUUGCCCACCGUAAUGGUUCAUUCUUUUAAUGUUCUUCUUUAGGUUUAUGACCGAUGAUUUCACUUCAGACAUCUAUACCAAAGAGGGACUUGAAUGGAUUCAAAACGCAAAUAUGAGCAAUGUGCUUAUCCGGGCAUUCCCUGAAAUCAAAGGGCUGGAAGAAAUGUUGCAAAAUGUGGAGAAUGCGUUUUUCCCCUGGCCAGUUUGA